AUGAGAAUAGAAUGUGCUGAACCAAUUAAUGCCUCCAACUUUACUGGGAAACAGAAGGGAAACACGAUUGUUGGGUAUUUUAUCUUUUGUGCACACAGCACUGUCUGGAAGGUGUUAUUUGGAAAGGUGGCUGAUUCACUUGAGAAGGGCACUGAACAUGAAGACGAAUACAUGAUCAGUGAGAAGGACCUCCUUGUGAACAAGUUUAUUUCAGUUCCAAAAGACAUGGGGACAUUUAAUUGUGGGGCAUUUGUUGCUGGAAUAGUGAGGGGUGUUUUGGAUGGGGCAGGAUUUCCAGCAGUAGUAACAGCUCAUUUUGUACCUAUGGAGGGACUGCAAAGACCUCGGACAACCAUCUUGAUAAAGUUUGCUGAAGAGGUUUUGCAAAGAGAAGCGAGGUUAGGCUGAUUUUAUGCCUCGUUGUCCAAGUCUGCGACACUAUGGAGUGAACAAUGAACCUCAGCUGCGUCCUUAAUCUAACAUGGAUCAUCCGAUUAGUGAUGGAUUGUGUAUUAUUUUCUUUCAUGUUGCAAAAGAUUACUGCAAAGUGAUGUAAAAGUAAAAUGUCAUCAUUACCGUUACUUUGUGUUAAUAUGACCUCGUAUGGGAUUGGAUUAUUACUGAGGAGAAUACGAAUUUGUUUUCGUGGAUUA